AGCUUGCUUCAGUUCACUUUUGGCAGCCAGCUGGAACAGAUUUAUUUCCGAGAGGGUGCAAGCUAAGAUGAGGCAUAUAGCCAGCGCCAGCUUGUUAGUGAUAACGCUGUUGAUUAAUUUCGUUCAUGGAAUUCUUAUUGUUGGUCCAAAGCAUAUUCGCGCUGGACAGAACUACACCGUCAUUUUGAGUAGUUUUGAGUCCAAUACGAACGAGCGAAGCCUUCUUCUUCAACUCGACGGCCUGUCAGCUGGUGGCAAGAAGCUACUGUACCUCGGUCAACCCGCCCGCGUGCAGCCGCUCUCAAACAGCGUGAUUAGCUUUCCGCUGCCCGAUAGCCUGCCAGCCGGAAGCUAUAAAUUAACCAUCGAUGGACAGAACGGAUUUAAAUUUCACCGGGAAGCGGAUUUGCUGCUCGCUGCGAGUACCACCACCGCCCUGGUACAGCUCAGCAAACCCAUCUACAAGCCCGGUGACGUGCUGCAGUUCCGUGUGAUCGUGCUGGGUGGCGAUCUAAAGCCACCGGCACCCUCCAUUACCGCCACCGUAAUCGUGCACGAUCCACAGCGCAAUGUCAUUCGCCGAUGGACCGCGGUCAGCCUGCAGCUCGGUGUGUUUGAGGAGCAGCUCCAAAUCGGAACCGUUCCGCUGCUGGGCCGCUACACAAUCACCGUCACGGUCACGGGAGCGAAUGAAAUCGUCUCGAAAACGUUCGACGUUAGGGAGUACGUGCUUCCGGCGUUCGAGGUGGCAGUGCAGGCGCGCGCUGUUCCGCUGGAAAAGCACCAGCGCCUUAAUCUGACACUCUCCGCGCGGUACUACACCGGGCAGCCGGUGCGAGGGGUCGCCACGGUUGAGCUGUACCUGGAGGACGAUAAAUUGGAUCAGCGGCGGGUGGUCGGCGUGUACGGUGCGACACAGCUCGAGCUGCCGUUCAACGAGCACCUGAGCGUGUACGACGACUCGCAGGACGUGCGUGUGCACGUUGCAUUUACCCAGGACGAAACAAAUAGGACAAUUUAUAAGGAACAACGAAUCACUGUUUACAAGCUUCCGUACCAGCUAGAGCUCGUUAAAGAGCAGCCAGAAUUUCGUGCCAAAGUGCCGUUCGACUGUCAGCUACGGGUACGGUAUCAGGACGGAACGCCUGCAAAAGGAGCUGCCUUCGAGGUGAAGGUGGAGGGUGCUUACACAACCGAUCGCCGGGUGGCCUAUACAAGCGAUGCUGCCGGUGUGAUCAAACUGACGCUUCAACCGGAAGCGUCCUCCGAAUCGAUCGAUAUUACGGUAAACGCUGGCAACGAGGAGCUGCUUUACGAGCGCAUAAGCAAACGUGAAGCGAGCAAAGCCUUUCUGCAAGUAAAGCUUGAUUCCGAUGUGAAAAUUGGAAAAUCGUUCAAACUAAAAGUGACGUGCAACGAGGAGCUAUCCUUCUUCAUGUAUUACGUUGUGUCGAGAGGUGCCAUCGUUGAUUCUGCGUUCUUGCAGCCCAAGAAAGUCACUGAACAUUUUAUUGAAAUCAAAGCAGCCGACCAAAUGGUACCCAGGUCGAAAGUUAUCAUUGUAACCGUUGCUAAAAACGUUGUACUGUGUGACUUUGUGGACAUAGACUUUGAGGAUCUCCUUAAUAACUUUGAUCUUCAAAUAGACCGAACAGAAAUCCGACCAGGCGAUCAGUUGCAACUGAAAAUGCAUGGUCGUCCGGGCGCUUUUGUGGCGCUGGCGGCCUACGACAAGAGUUUGCUGCAGUACAGCAAUAACCAUGACAUCUUCUGGGAGGAUGUCUGGGGUGUGUUCGAUAAAUUCUACAGCGUAGAGCGGAACGAAUUUGAUCUUUUUCAUAGUCUAGGACUGUUUGCACGGACAAUGGAGCAUAUAACCUUUGAUAAAGCAAUUGAUCAGACAGCUCGUGAUGGAUCGGCAUCCAGCAAGAACGGUCCCUCCAACUCACAAGUCUCUUUUCGAACCAAUUUUCUCGAAUCUUGGCUGUGGAAAACGGACAAAAUUGGAUCCUCGGGAAGCACAACGACCAAGGAGAGCGUUCCAGAUACGAUCACAGCAUGGCAUUUGACAGGAUUUUCCGUCGAUCCAGUGUAUGGUUUGGGUAUCAUCAAGCAGCCGCUUCAAUUGACCACCGUUCAGCCAUUUUACAUCGUGCCCAACAUGCCGUACUCCAUCAAACGGGGCGAGCUGGUCGAGUUGCAGUUUAUCGUUUUUAACAACUUCCCAAAGAAAUACAAAGCAUCCGUGACGCUGUUUAGUGUGGACAAUCAGACCGAAUUUGUCGGACGCCCUGCUACAGAAACAAGCUACACCAAAUCGAUUGAAGCGUCUCCAGACACUGGUGUUCCAGUGGCGUUCCUAAUAAAAGCACGCAAACUGGGUGAGAUGACCGUGCGGGUGGAUGCUUCCAUUGAACCUGCGAAGGACUCGAUCGAAAGCGUCAUUCGCGUGAUUCCAGAAAGUCUAGUAAAGCGUGAAAUGAUUUCUCGCUUCUUCUGCCACAACACGUACCAGAAUCAAUCGUUCGUGCUGGGGCUUGACUUUGAUCGGAAGGCCGACGCUGGGACGAGGAAGAUUGACUUCAUUCUCACACCAAACAUCCUCACUUCGGUAAUGGACAACUUGGAGAGUUUGCUGUCCGUGCCGACGGGUUGCGGCGAGCAGAAUAUGAUGCGCCUUGUCCCCAUCGUCCUCGUGCUCGACUACCUAACGUCGAUCGGGUCCGCCGACAAACAACUCACGGCCAAAGCGAUCGGACUGCUCAGGGCGGGCUACCAGAACCAGAUGCGUUACCGCCAGCCGGACGGAUCGUUCGGGCUGUGGGAGAAAAGUGGAGGGGCCGUCUUUCUGACCGCUUUCGUGGGUAAAACGCUCGCCACCGCGGCAAAGUACAUUUCCGAGAUCGAACCGAGCAUGGUGGAGCAAGCGUUCGAUUGGCUUGCCGCUCGCCAGCACAGCACUGGAAGGUUCGAUGAGGUUGGGCCAGUGUUCCAUCGGGACAUGCAGGGUGGCCUAAGGCAAGGCAUUGCACUGACCUCGUUCGUGCUGAUUGCACUGCUGGAGCAGCCGAAAGUCGCGACCAAGCAUCGGGCAGUGAUCGAAAAGGGCAUCGACUAUGUCACGCGGACGCUGGGCAGUAUUGAAGACUCGUACGAUCUUGCCAUAGCUACGUACGCGCUGCUGCUACAGAAACACAGCUCAGGCGAGCGGUUCUUGGAGAAGCUCGUCGGCCUGUCAACGGUGCAGCAGAACGGUACGGAGCGCUUUUGGGCUCGCGAUGCGCACGGUAUUGAGACGACCGCAUACGGGCUGCUUUCGUUCGUGCUGGCGGAGAAGUACGUGGACGGGACAUCCAUAAUGCGGUGGCUGGUGAAGCAACGCUACACCCCCGGCAGCUUCCCGCGCACGCAGGACACGUUCGUAGGGCUGAAGGCACUUACCAAGCUGGCGGAAAAAAUCUCCCCGUCGAGGAAUGAUUACUCGGUGCAGCUUAGACACGCUGGCCGUAAGGAAGAGUUUCGCGUCACCUCACAAGAUAUCGGUACGCUUCAGCACGCCCAACAGGGUGUGGAUGAGACGGCACAGCUCGAACUGCACGUCGCCGGCAUCGGGUUUGGGCUGUUGCAGGUAGUGUACGAGUACGGUGUAGACUUGCGCAACUUUACCGCCCAGUUCGUGCUGGAGCUGCAGAAAUCGGUAACCAACGCAAACCACCAGCUGCAGCUUGAGGUGUGCUCGAGCUUUACACCGCAGCUGUCGGACGGCCGCUCGAACAUGGUGCUGGUGGAGGUGAACUUCCCCAGCGGGUACACCGUGGAGCAACGGGGGCAACCGAUUACCGGUGCAACGAAGCAUAAUCCGAUACAGAAAACGGAAGUACGGUUCGGGGCAACCUCGGUGGUGGUGUACUACAACAGCAUGGGCCCGGAGCGGAACUGUUUUACGAUCACUGCGUACCGGCGGCAGAAAGUUACACUUAAGCGUCCCGCUUACGUUCUGGUGCAUGAUUAUUACGAUCCGAAACUGAACGCCAUUAAGAUGUACCAAGUGGACGACUAGGAUACGUUUGCGAUGCAAAGCUUCCGUGGUGAAGCUGUGCAAGUUUCGCAUGUGUUUGUACUGAAUCUCUUCAACGAAGCGUUAGUUUAAAUAACAUCACACCAGAAUGUUUUAAAAAGUAUUUUCGGUGGAAUUUGUUACAAUAUAAAGGUGUGAGAAGUUGUUGGGAAAUAAAUAGAGUUGACAAUUGUUACAGUAAAUGCUUGUCACGCUUUGGUGACAGCAAUAAUGCUGGGAUGUUUUUUUGUUUCUAGGAAGGUCAACCUAAAUCCUCACAAAAAUAUACCAGAAAUGUACCAUAAUCAACAAUACAUUGAAGGCUUAUUAUCGAUGUCAA